GACCUGGUAACUCUCUCCACCAUACCUGCCCCGGACCAAAUCCCUUCUCUUACGAGCCUCUCGAACAGGAUCUUCAUCAGAGGAUCAUUGAAAAUCAACAAGAUACGUCCCGGCGAUCUCGGAGAAGUCGACAAUCUGGCUUUGACACCAAAGGCAUUCGGAGGAGACUCUGUGGUUGCGGUCCCAAUGGCCCAGCCAACCGCAGAGCCUGCAGAGGAGUACGACUAUGAGGGUCUUCCACCAAAUUUCUCUCUCCUGCAAAAUAUGACAGCGGGCGCCUUUGCAGGCAUAGCUGAGCAUACGGUCAUGUAUCCCAUUGAUGCGAUUAAGACCCGAAUGCAGAUUCUCAACCCUACCCCAUCCGCAGUCUACAAUGGUAUGAUACAAGGCGGUUACCGGAUAGCCACGGGGGAGGGAAUCCUCAGUUUAUGGCGAGGCAUGUCGAGCGUGGUCGUUGGAGCAGGACCGGCACAUGCUGUCUAUUUCGCAACAUAUGAAGCUGUCAAGCAUCUUAUGGGAGGCAACCAAGCUGGUGUUCAUCACCCUCUUGCUGCUGCUACUAGCGGAGCUUGCGCAACCAUUGCGAGUGAUGCCCUCAUGAACCCAUUCGAUGUCAUUAAGCAACGCAUGCAAAUCCACAACUCGAGCAAGAUGUACAAAUCUAUGAUGGAUUGCGCCAAGUAUGUCUACCGUACGGAGGGUAUCUCAGCCUUCUACGUCUCAUACCCAACCACCCUCUCUAUGACUGUGCCGUUCACAGCACUUCAAUUCCUCGCAUACGAGUCCAUUUCGACGACAAUGAACCCUUCGAAGACAUAUGAUCCCGUUACACAUUGUCUUGCCGGCGGUGUUGCUGGUGGUUUCGCGGCCGCUCUGACAACUCCUAUGGAUGUGGUCAAGACGAUGUUGCAGACGAGAGGUACAGCGAACGAUGCAGAAUUGAGAAAUGUCAAUGGUUUCAUGGACAGUGCGAGAUUAUUACAUCGACGAGAGGGAUUCCGUGGUUUCUUCAAGGGUGUUAGACCAAGAGUUGUUACUACAAUGCCAAGUACAGCUAUCUGUUGGUCGGCAUAUGAAGCUUGCAAAGCAUACUUCAUUCGCCAAAACGAUACCGUUGUCUAACCCUCACCCCAGCGACACGAGCGACCCUAAUGACAACGAACACCAAAAUUCCGACUUCCCUCUGCUUCCGGGAUCCAUAGCUCAUGAUACCUCU